AGCAGCAGCAAAACAGAGCCAAAAUCAAACAGGACAUAAUAUCCAAUCCCCACUCCAACCUUCCAUGAAACCUCCUUUCAAACUGUAUAUAUACACUCCCACUCACUCACCAUUUCAUCUCCAAAACCGGAAAAGAUGGCCGCCUCAAAUCCCACCUCCGCCAACCCCUUCUGGUACCAGUUCCUCUUUGGCCGCUGGUUCUCUGUCUUCGCUUCCAUUCUCAUCAUGUCCGUCGCCGGCGCUACCUACAUGUUUGGCCUCUACUCCUCCGACAUCAAGUCCUCCUUAGGCUACGACCAAACCACCCUCAACUUGCUCAGCUUCUUCAAGGACUUGGGCGGCAAUGUCGGCGUCAUCAGCGGCCUCAUCAACGAGGUCGCUCCGGCCUGGGUGGUUCUUCUAAUCGGCGCCGUCAUGAACCUUUUCGGCUACACCAUGAUUUGGCUGGCCGUAACUAAUCGGAUCCCCAAACCCCAAAUCUGGCAUAUGUGUCUCUACAUUUGCAUCGGAGCUAAUUCUCAGACUUUUGCAAAUACUGGGGCUCUUGUAACCUGCGUCAAAAACUUCCCGGAAAGUCGUGGUAGCGUUUUGGGGCUUUUGAAGGGAUUCGUUGGCUUAAGCGGCGCCAUUUUGUCCCAGCUUUUCCAUGCCUUUUAUGGCAAUAAUUCCAAAUCUCUUAUCUUCUUAAUCGCCUGGCUUCCCGCCGCCGUCUCUGUUACUUUCCUCCGUUUCGUUCGCAUCAUUAAGGAUCUCCGGCAGCCCAACGAGCUGAAAGUAUUUUACCAUAUCCUUUAUAUUUCUCUCGGUCUUGCUGGGUCGUUAAUGGUUUUGAUUAUUUUGCAAAAUCGUCUCCGAUUUCAACAAAUACAAUACGUCGGAAGUGCCAUUGUUGUGAUUGUGCUGCUUUUACUGCCUCUGGCCAUCGUUUUCAGAGAGGAAUUGAAUGUUUGGAAGAGUAAAAUCGCAAACCCGAUUUUACAAUUAGAGCUAGCAUCUCAACAACCACCACGACCACCGCCACUGGCACCGCCGAGCCCUCCGUCAGGCUCCUGCUUUAAAAAUACGUUUAAACCCCCAAACAGAGGAGAGGACUACACAAUCCCACAAGCCAUUUUCAGCGUCGAUAUGAUAAUUCUUUUUAUCGCCACAAUCUGUGGUGUCGGUGGAACAUUGACCGCGAUUGACAACUUGGGCCAAAUUGGAGAGUCUUUGGGGUACCCGUCUCACAGUACCACCACAUUCAUCUCUCUCGUCAGCAUAUGGAAUUACCUCGGCCGUGUAGUCUCCGGAUUCGUAUCGGAAUAUUUUUGGAAAAAGUACAAAGUCCCACGUCCUCUGUUUCUCUUCGCUACACUUAUUCUGUCCUGCGUCGGCCAUCUUCUAAUCGCAUUCGGAGUUCCGAAUUCGCUGUAUUUUUCUUCAAUCGUAGUCGGGUUCUGCUUCGGCGCGCAGUGGCCGUUGAUCUUCGCAAUCAUAUCGGAGAUUUUCGGGUUGAAAUACUACGCGACUCUGUACAAUUUGGGAGGAGCGGCAAGUCCGAUUGGAGCGUAUAUUCUGAACGUGAGAGUGGCAGGUCAUUUGUACGACAGAGAGGCGCAACGGCAGAUGGAAGCGGCGGGGCGACGGAGAAAUAUAGGGGAGGAUUUGAGUUGCUUGGGAGUGGAAUGUUACAGAAAAGCGUUUCUUAUAAUCACGGCGGCGACGGUGUUUGGGGGACUUGUUUCGCUGAUUUUGGUGGUUCGGACAUGGAAGUUUUAUAAGAGUGAUAUUUACAGGAAGUUUAGGGAGGAGGAAGCUGAAGAUGUCGAGAUCAAAAUCGUCACUCCGGCCAACGGUGCGUUGACGGCGGCGAAAACUGAAUCUGUUUAGUUUAUUUUUAUUUUUAUUUUUUGAAGAUUAUUAUCUCCAUCCUAAGCUAUACAUAUCCUACAUUUUAUCCCAUCGUCCGAUGAUAGUUUGACACGUGGUUUUAAGAUGCACAUUUAAAAUGGAUGUAUAGAUGUAUUAGCAAAUAAUAUGUUAAUAGUUCGAAUCUCUCUGUACCAUUGUACUACAAGGAAAAAAAAAAAAAAAGAAUGUACAAAUAUGAAUGCAUCUCAACACGUAUCAGAUAUUGAGAAGAAA